AUGUCCGAUAACUUAUACUCUCACAGAGAGGGGCAGAACAACCAGAGGUUUGACGAGCUUGCACUGACGUUGAGACAGUUCCGAAAUACGGUUGAUGAUAUUCAAAGUAACGUGCAGCAGGAGAACCUGAUGUUGAACUUGUUAAAUGACAACUUUGGCCGCAUGAUGUUAUCGGUCAAAAGAACCAGCGGAGAACUUCGAACCGUGAUGAAUAGAAAUUCCAGCUUGACGAAGACGGUGGGUGUCAUAUUGAUUUUCUUCUUUGUGGUUUGGAUGUUGUACAAAUUGAGAUGA